ACAAGUCACAACACGCAACGCACUCCUCUAGAUUGCUGAUCUCUCCCUGGCCUCUUCUUCCUUAUCUCUCAUUUUUGCUGGGAGGCCAAUCGCAGCUGCUGCCAUCUCCUUGGUGACCAGAGCUUCAUCAGCAUCUGAAGAGAUGAAGAACUGACUCCCAGCUUCCCCAGAACAAGGUAGACGAUUAACACGCUCGUUUUUGCUGGGAGGUCAAUCGCAACUGCUGCCAUCUCCUUGGUGGCCAGAGCUUUGCCACAAAUCUGAAGGUGCGGAGGAGAUAAAAGAACCGACUCCCAGCUUCCUAAGCCACAUGGCUCAGAAUGGCAUACUCGCCCCGGUUCUCACCCUCUUGGUAAAUGAGUUAUGGAAGCCGAUCAAGAAGCAUGUUGGCUACUGUCUGAAGCCUGAAACCAAUGUCAGCAAUCUGACAAAAGCUGUUGAUGAACUCAGGAACUCCAUAUAUACCAUUGAGGAGACCAUUCAGUUAGGUGAACGCGAAGGCAAGAGACCAAAGGUACAAGUAACCAAGUGGACAGAGAGUGCUAGGUCCAUUGAAGCUGAAGCUUGCAAUAUCAGCAAUAAGUAUGAGGCAAGGACCAUACAUAUCUUUGGCUGCUCCUGGAGUUGUUGGUCCAACUACAAAAUUAGCAAAUCUGCUGCAAAAGUUACAGGUGAUAUUGAAGAUAUUAACAAGAGAUCACUUCAAAAGGAUGAUAUAUUAAGUUUGCUCCCACCAGUUGGUUUGGAGUUGCCUUUACCAGCAAACAUCGUAGGCCAAGAACACUACAGAAACAAGGUUUUCGGUUGCAUUGAGGAAGGCCCUACGGACAUCAUUGGCAUAUGUGGCAUGGGAGGGUCAGGAAAAACUACUCUCCUUAAACAAAUCAACAACUACUAUAGCUCUGAAAGGCCUGUAUUUGAUCAUGUCAUGUUUAUUGAAGUUGGCAAGCAGCUAAACUUGAUGGCAGUUCAGCAGAGCAUUGCAUCUGGACUAGGACUGUUGUUAAUAAAUGAUGGAGAUGCAACACACAGAGCUAGAGCUAUUUUCAACUUUUUAAAGGAAAGGAAAUUCCUAUUGCUGAUUGAUGAUCUUUGGGACAUGCUGGACCUAGUGAAAGUUGGUAUACCGCAUGGUUCAAAGUGUUGCCUUCCAAAUAGUCAGAUUGUACUGAUCACAACACGAUCUUUGGAUGUGUGUGGUAGAAUGCAUAUUUCUGAAAAUGUUAUACAGUUGAAAUGCUUGGGUUCUGAUCAUUCGUGGCAUCUGUUUAAAGAAAUUGUUGGUGGAAGAAAGAUGGAAGAUGCUCAAAUCAGGGGAUGCGCCGAGAAGAUUGCGGCAAAAUGUGGUGGCCUUCCACUAGCAAUUAAGAUAACUGGGCAGGCUAUGGCUUCCAAGGUAGCUUCAGAAGAACGGGAAUACAAUUUGAUGUUAGUAGAAGAUUCAGUUUUCCAUGAGGUUUCUGGUUCAGAUAACGAACUCUUUCCUAUACUGAAAAUUAGUUAUGAUAGCUUGCAAAGUGAUGUGAUCAGGAUGUGCUUUCUACUGUUUGCGGGGAUUGCCGCCAAAGACCCAGAUGAUGAUUGGGAGACUGUUAGUUUAGUUCAUUGUUGGAUGGGCCAUGGACUGCUAGGCGAGGAUGAUGAUAUUGAAAGAACUUACUUGAGAGGAUAUUCUAUUGUUGAAAUUUUGAAAAGAUCAUUCUUGAUUGGAUCCUCUGACUGCGGGGAGAAACAUGUGAAAAUGCACCAUGUUGUUCAAGAUCUUGCCUUGUGGAUUGUAGCGACAAAACAGACCGGGGCGCAUAAAGAGAAGUGGCUAGUGGACCAAAGAGAACAUACCCGAGCAGACGUUUGGAGCACCGCUGAUAGAAUUUUCCUCUGUGGUGGUGAUAUUAAGGCAAUUCCUAGUUCUUGCAGCUGUGCUCACCUGUUAACAUUAAUACUAACAAACAAUGAGCAUAUUUCUGAGUUCCCAGCUGGUUUUUUCUCUGCCAUGAAAUCACUCAUUUAUUUGGACCUUUCUGGAAUACAGAUCCAAGAAAUACCAUCAGAAAUCGGAGCAUUAACGAGCUUGCAGUUGCUUGAUCUUUCUCGGACACCAAUACAUUCACUGCCAGUGGAGCUGGGACUGUUGGAAGAUCUAAGGUAUUUAUAUUUGGAUUGUGCUUUAGGUGUCAGAAAUAUACCAGAUGGUUUGCUAUCCAGACUGAAGAUGCUGAGGCUGUUAACUUUAAAUCGGUGUCAUAAUUUGAGAAUCAAUUGCUCAGCAGGAUAUAUCAAAGAACUCAAAAGUUUAACUAUGCUAAGGGAUAUUAGUUUUACAGUACAAGAUUCAGACUCCAUGUGGAAGAUCUAUAACUUGCCCAGAGCCUUUGUAAGCGGCCUCUGCAUUACAGCUCUUGAAGGCUUGCAAUCUCUUCAGAUAUCACCACUGCUCCUUGCAAGUAGCAAGGCUAGAUACAUGAAAGCUCUGUCACUGGAACACAUCAAUCUUUUGGAGGAGAUAGUGAUAGGUCAGACAGAUAUAGACCCAGGUUGGUGCUUGCCAAGGCUAGAGACACUACUUCUAUAUAGUCUGCUAGCACUUCAGAGGGUUGAGUUUAAAGGUAUUGAACCCAACACUUGCCUUUCAGGCCUCAGGAGUAUAUCCAUCUCAGAUUGCGGCAAUCUGACAUCGAUCACAUGGAUCACAUGGCUGCCUUGCCUUGAAAGUGUAUAUUUGGGUAACUGUGACUCGAUAGUUGAGUUAGUGGCUAACAAUGAAGAAGGUGUGCUAUCUGCCACAAGCUCCUUCCCUCGACUCAAGUCCAUGGCGUUACCUAAUCUGAAGAACCUACAUAGCAUCUGUGAUGGCAGAAUCACCUUCCCAUCGUUGAUGCGCUUGCUCAUUUAUGGGUGCCCCAUGCUAAUGAAGCUGCCACAGAACUUAGUGGGCGUCGAGAGUUCACCGCUUAUACUUGGCGAGCGAAAAUGGUGGGAGAAUUUAGAAUGGGAGGAUGCUAGCUCACAGUCCUCUCUCCUUCCUUUCUUCAGAGAAGUGCCUGCAGGCUUCAGAGGAAGUCAACCAGAAGUGUUCAGGGCUUUACGUGCUUAGCUAUUUCAGUCAAAAUCGUGAUCAUGAGCCCUUUCUGUUCUUUUGAGAUGUUCUACAUACUAUCAGUUUGACACUGAAAGACAACAUGCGUUAUGCUGCUCCAUAUAUUUGCUGUGCCAUGUUUCGGACCAUACUUGUAUAUGUCAAUCACAUGUCCUGCUUUUAUAAGUAGGCUUGCAAUCUCUUCAGACAUCACCACUGCUCCUUACAAGUAGCAAGGCUAGACAGAUGGAAUCUCUGUCACUGGAAAACAUCAAUCUUCUGGAGGAGCUAGUGAUAGGCCAGACCGAUAUAGACCCAGGUUGGUGCCUACCAAGGCUAGAAUCACUGAUAUUAUAUAGUCUGCUAGCACUUCAGAGGGUUGAGUUUAAAGGUACCAGAAACAACACUUGCCUUUCAGGCCUCAGGGUUCUAUCCAUCUCAAAUUGCGACAAGUUGAUGUCGAUCACAUGGAUCACAUGGCUGCCUUGCCUUAAAAAUGUAUAUUUGGGUGAGUGUGACUCGAUAGUUGAGUUGGUGGCUAAAGAUGAAGAACCUGUGUUGUCCCCCACAAGCUCCUUCCCUCGACUCAAGUUCAUGGCGUUAUCUAAUCUAAAGAACCUAUAUGGAAUCAGUGAUAGCAGAAUCACCUUCCCAUCGGUGAUGCGCUUGCUCGUUAUGGUUGCCCCAUGCUAAUGAAGCUGCCACGGAGCUUAGUGGGCGUCGAGAGCUCACCACUGAUACUUGGCGAGCAAAAAUGGUGGGAAAGUUUAGAAUGGGAGGAUGCUAGCUCACAGUCCUCUCUCCUUCCUUUCUUCAGAGAAUUGCCUGCAGUCUUCAGAGGAAGUCGGCAAGAAGUGUUCAGGGCUAUACAUGCUUAGUUCUUUCAGUCAAAAUCAAGACGUUGAUACUGAGCCCUUCCCCUUUUUUCCUUUUUCUUUUUUCUUGUGAGAUGUUCUGCAGAUCAAUUUGACACUGAAAGACAAGAUGCCUUCUGCUGCUCCAUAUAAUCGGUGUACCAUGUUUCGUUCCAUACUU